CACCUUUUCACUUUCCUUCCCUUCCAUAACUCAUUCAACCCUUCCUAGAAUACCCCUCUUCCACCGUCUAUUCAAAAACCCUACUAUCGCUCUUAUUCCUCAGUUCGCCAUCUUACCAUGGAUAUGACGAGUUUUGACGGGGCGCUACUCUUCAGUGUUGGAUGCGGUGCCGUCACCGCCGUCGGGGGUUUUUGAUUAAUUGGUUAAACUGGAUGGUUUGAAUCAGAUAUAUAUGGAAUUCCUGAUAUUUGCCCUUCAUCUGCUCCGUCGUCGGCUCUUGAUUUCAACCUUCGAUUCGGUGAAUUCCUCGCCACGUUUCUUGCUGCUAAUGUUCUUAGGGCUUCACCCUUUUCUCCAUUUUGGUUAUCGAUCUUUCUUUCAUCUUCUCCACUCUCUGCCUCACCCUUCUCUCUGAUAUCUGUUGAUAUUUAUGCGAAAAGUAGGUGGUGAAGAAGGAAAAGGAAUGUCUGAAUCCUUCUAUGUUGUAGCUGCAAUUGUUCUUAGGGUUGAUUGAAUAUUCGUUAACAUGUUGAUGUUAUUGUGGUCUUCUUCCCCCUGUCGCUGUCAAUCACGAUGUUCAGGGCGGUAGAAAUUUACCAUAUAUAUAGAAGUUAAGCAGAAGCUGCAGUAUCAACAAGCUUUAAUUCCUGCAAUUCCUUGAAGUCCUCCCAUGCAUAUUGGCUUCAUAGGUUUGUUCAAAUGGGGUGUUAAACAUGGUCUUGGCCACUACCAUUCCAGGAAUGGAGAUACAUAUGCUGGAGAAUAUCUUGCAGACAAGAUGCAUGGUUUUGGUGUUUACAGUUUUGCAAAUGGUCAUAGAUAUGAAGGUUCAUGGCAUGAAGGAAGAAGACAGGGACUUGGAAUGUACACUUUCAGAAAUGGAGAGACUCAAUCUGGACAUUGGCAAAAUGGUGUUCUUGAUGUUCCAAGCUCACAAAGUGCCACUUAUCCUGUUUCACCUGUUGCUGUUUAUCUCCUCCUUAUUUUUGUCUAAUUUGUUUCUAUAUGUUGGCAUCAUAGUUUUAUGUUUUCAUUUUGUACCUCUUGGCAUCUUAUUUUCAUUUUUUCUAAUUAAGUACUAUGAAGAGUUUGCUUAAAAAAACAUAAAAAUAGUUUUUUUUAUAAGUUUGUAUAUGAUUUCAUAGAAAAUAUUACUAAAAAUUUAGGUUUUCAUUUCAAAUUAGGCAUAUAUUGUGCUUAUGGUUGAAUGGUAUUAUGAUUUCGUUCUAAGAGGAUUUUUUGGGUCAGCUAAUUGAUGGUUAUAAUAGUUAGACUUCUACCUGUUGAUAAUGUUUCAUAGAAUGAUCGUUACAGUUAAAGGUAUGUAUUAUGUUUGUAGUUUUAAGUAAACUUAUUUUGUGCCCAUCUCGAUAUUUAAUUUACCUUUGCUCUUGGUUCGUUGUUUCAGGGAAAACGAUUAACCUAGGCUUCUCCACACCUCUGAUCUGGUAGCUAAAGAGGCGGCACCACCACGAACCACCGCCAAGACUUGCUCUACUUAUGUUUUAUUCUCAGUAGGUGGGGGGACAAGUAGUCAUAUACGAUUUGAGUAUAAUAGGGGAGAAUGAUGAGAACUCAUAAUUUGUGAUUUUAUAUGGACCAAGGCAAUUGUGUCUUUUUUCUUGGCGUAUCCAACCCCGCAAAGCGGGGUUCUUCCCUAGUUUAUUUGGAACUAUAAUCACAAAUAUGUCACAU